CCAGACAGGGGGAGAGCCGGGCAGGCAACAAAAACAGUUGUUCUUUCUUGAGGCUGAGUUGAGAGGAAUUAAACCCUUCCAGUCUCCUGUCUGCACAUUUGGGCAUUUCAGAGUGGAUUCUGCCCACUUGGCUGGCUGAUUCCUUUACACAGCGUGUGCAUGCACUUGUCUGUGGGUGUGCACGCACUGCUGUCUUCACAGAUGUACCCCCAGCUGUCAUUCCACAGCGUGCCGGCUCUCCCUCCCCCUUUCGCUCUCAUUCCCUUUCUCCCCCUAUUUAUUAUUUAUAGAGGAUUACAAUCUCUUUUACAUGCUGUCCUCUAACCCUUCCUCUCUCCACUUUGGGCACUGCUAGCAUCUUGGCACCCUGCAGGGAGUAGGGGGCGGAUGCUCACUAGAGUCCACUGAGCGCUCGCCUGGCUGUUGAUCGCGUCCACUGGAUUUGCUUUGGAACUCGUCGGGGUUUAUCAAAGGACCUGGAGAACGUGCAAGAGGCUCUGUUCUAGGCAGAGAACAGGAUUUAAAUAGGACACAGAGAAAGCCUGUUGGCUGGGAGUUGAAGUCAAGGAGGGAGAGAGAAGAGACUGCAAUUGGACAGUGUCCAGGGAGUCGGGUGGAAGCAGCUGCUGGCAAAGCCCCUCCAGUAUCUGACAGGUAGGGUGCCCAGAUUGCUCCUCCAUCCUGUGAAAACGUGUGGCAGGCUGGCUAGAGGACGGGAAGCCAGACUGGAGAAAACAGUGACCAUAAUGCUAUCUGGGAGCGCUAACCACUGGUGGAGGAACAGGUUUUCCAUGAGGUGGCGACAGACCUGCUUACUUGCCUAUUGGCUCUCCCUGUGUGCAGCAGACUCCCUCUUCACUUGCCCUUCCUCCUGCAAGUGUAACAGCGGCAGUCUGGAAGUGGACUGUAGCGGCUUGGACCUCUCAUCCAUCCCCUCAGAUAUUCCUACCAACACCAGAAUCUUCCUCUUCCUCAACAACAAGCUAAGCAUGCUGCCAGGACCAGUCUUUUCCAAUCUCUCUGCCCUACAGAGGCUGGACCUUUCCAAUAACUUCUUGGACCAGCUGCCCCAGAACAUCUUCAGUGACUUAGGGAACCUCACCGAACUACAGCUGAGGAACAACAGUAUCAGGACCCUGGACAAGGACCUUCUGCAGCAGAUGGUCCUACUGCGCCAGCUAGACCUGUCCAUCAAUGGUCUUGCUCAGAUACCCUCAGGAAUCUUCGAUGACCUCCCGGCUCUCCGUUUGCUCUCCCUCAGGUCUAACCGCCUACAGAGCCUAGACAGGGUGACCUUUGAACCAUUAGUCAGCCUGCAGCAGCUCCAAGUUGGGGAUAACCCCUGGGAAUGUGACUGCAACUUGAGAGACUUCAAACAUUGGAUGGAAUGGUUCUCUUAUCGAGGAGGGAAGAUUGACCAGUUGGCGUGUACGCUGCCCAAAGAGCUGCGGGGGAAGGACAUGCGAAUGGUCCCCAUGGAGAUGUUCAACUACUGUUCACAGCUGGAGGAUGAGAAUGGCUCCACUGUGCUGGACAAUUCUGGCCCACCAUGCACUAAAGGAAGCCCGACUCCUUCAAAAUCCAAGUUAGGUCCAGAACCCGAAGUGGAGCCGAGCGUGGGGUGCCCCCAGAAACAGAGAUACCGACCUGUUAGUGUGCGCCGAGCCAUUGGCACUGUGAUCAUAGCUGGAGUGGUGUGUGGCAUUGUGUGUAUCAUGAUGGUGGUGGCAGCAGCUUAUGGCUGUAUCUACGCAUCCCUCAUGGCCAAAUACCACCGAGAGCUGAAGAAGAGGCAGCCGCUAAUGUGUGACACAGAGGGUGAACAUGAAGAACAAAAGCAAAUCUCCUCUGUGGCAUGAAACUCUUCUUGGAAGGUAAGGGCAGAAGUGAGCAGGGUACCUGAAAGCAGUGAGGCCUGCGUCCUCCCACGAUCCAUCUUCCCAGACAGAUGGAUAGACUGUGCUAUCACUCCACUCAUCCAAUUAGUGCAACAUGCUUCUGGGUUUAGGACAUCUGGUUCUAAAUUUCAUUCCUCUGCAUCAGGCCCUUUGGCACACCUUCACCCACACGCCCUCCCAAGUCAAUAAACUAUAGUCAGACCUCAAGUGCUUGCCGUGCCUCAUCCUUGCACAGAGCCCCCUUGGAUGUGCACAGAAAGGGCAGCCAACAACUUCCAGGAGCCCCUGGUGUCCAGACACCUCCUCUCCGCUUCAGUCCCCACUUCCUCCUACAUCCCACACAGCACUGCAGAGCCUUCUGCAACCACAAAGAACAGCCAACUGUGCUGAAGAAGUUCCUUGUAUAUUGACCAAGACACCAGAACAAGUGUCUAAGUCUCACUGGUGGAGUCGUUGGUGUUACAGGACAGUGAACUACUCCCCAUCUCCUGUACAGCUGAGGAAAACUUGGCCAAGAGAAUAUUGGGAACGAUAGAAGGUCCUAGAUGGUUACAAUAGGGAGAGAAGGGAGAUUCCCUUUCUCACUUUGAAUGCUGGAAAGACCCACCUACCCUAAGAUCUGUGUACACAGACUCCACCCUCUCACCCUGACAAACACCAUACACCAACAUGCACACAUAUUUAUCCCCCAUAUGUACAUAUAAACAGCUAUGUGCAUACAAACGGAUCACCCACAUGCACACACAAAUAUACCCCAAUGCACACAUGCCAAUCCACCACAUGUGCAUGCAAACAUAACCACAUGCACACAUUUACUCACUUGCAUACUUAUGUGUAUCAAUACAUUCCUACUCUGGAGCACCUAAAGGUGCUCCAAUACCUCCCAAUACAGGUAACCAGUCCUGAGGGGCUUACAAAGAUAUCUCAGAGAUGGUGCAAAGUUGUAGGGAGGAGUAGGAGAGAAAGGACAGAGGCAACAUCCUUAAGAUUCCAAUGUUACUCAGUGAAGGCUUGUGUACAGCACGAAAAGAUGAAGCGUGGCUUUGUAUUUAUUUUAUCGUUUUAUAAGAUAAACACAACUGGUGGGUAACUAAUGGGAAGCCUCAGUCUGCAAGUGUCCUAUAGACAUCUCAGAUGAAGCAGGUCCUCAGGAGACACUGAAAUAGAAACUUGCUGACUAGCCGGAAAAGUAUGUUCCAUGUAUAGGGGCAGCAAGGAGAAUAGCCUGGAGGUGGCUGUGGGAGAAGCAGAUAAACCGGGUGACAGCUGGCGUCACUGGCAGAGUGGAGGGGGUGUAUGGUGGGAAGGCAAUGUGCUAAGCAGAGAGGGGCAGAGUUAUUUAUGCAGGGCCUUUGAAGGUAAGAACAGAAUGCUGGAACUUGAUGCAAUAGAGAAGAGGGAACUAGUAGAGGGAUUCAAAGAGGUGGGUGCCAUGGUCACCCCAUACCCCACUGACACAGAAAUGUUCACA